AUGGGGAAAAACGCUUUGAAGGGUGCUUCCACCGACUCCACGGGAUCAAGCUACAGGUCUACUCCUGAGGACAAAUCUGGUUCGAGGAGAAGUUCCGUGGAAGCCAAGCUAUCGUACAACGAUGCUUCUCAGGAGAACCAGGAACUCUCUGGAACGGGGGAGUACAUCGUCAAUCGCAACAGGCCAGAAACGUUUCUGAACAGUGAUGACCUGGAAAAGGUUACUCAAUCAGACGUUUACGCACAGAAACGGUUGUUUUCUUUUCUGCAUAGAAAGAAGUUGCCACUUGUGCCCGAAAAAGAUGAUGAGAGAAGGACGUUCCCUAUGCAUCGUGCUAAUUAUUUAUCGAGGGUUUUCCUGUGGUGGGUGAUCCCGAUAAUACGAGUCGGCUACAAGAGAACGGUGCAGCCGAAUGAUCUUUUUAAGAUGGACGAGAGGAUGUCCAUUGAGAAAUUAUUUGACUCUUUUGACAGAAACAUGAGAUAUUAUUUUGAUAAAUCUCGAAGACAAUACCUAGAGAAGAAUCCCGGCGCUACCGAAGAAGAAGUACUCGCUAAUGCGAGACUCCCCAGAUUAACAACGCUAAGAGCUUUAUAUUUCACAUUUCAACGCCAAUAUCUGUGGGCUGUUUUGUGUGCCAUCCUUGCGAACUGUACUUCUGGUUUUAAUCCCAUGAUCACCAAGCGCUUAAUUGAGUUUGUUGAGAAAAAGGCUUUGAUGCCUCAUUUACCUGUCAACAGCGGCGUAGGUUAUGCUAUUGGUGCAUGUCUAAUGCUGUUGUUGAACGGUAUUUUCUUCAAUCAUUUCUUUUUGGCUUCUCAAACCAUCGGCGUGCAGGCCAAAUCCGUUUUAACUAAAGCCGCACUGAACAAAAUGUUUCAUGCAUCAGCUUAUGCUAGGCAUAAGUAUCCUAACGGUAAGGUUACUUCAUUCGUUACUACUGAUUUAUCGAGAAUUGAGUUUGCCCUUUCGUUUCAACCAUUCCUGGCCGGCUUUCCAGCUAUCUUUGCCAUUUGCAUCGUAUUAUUGAUUGUCAAUGUUGGCCCAAUAGCCUUGGUGGGUAUUGGUGUUUUCAUUUUGAUGUUUUUCCUAACUCUUUUUGCCUUUAAAAUCGUCAUUGAGUUGAGGAUGAAAUCCAACAAACUGACUGACUCUAGGGUGACUAUUAUGAGAGAGCUUCUCAACAAUAUGAAAAUGGUCAAGUAUUAUGCGUGGGAGGAUGCUUACGAAAAAAAUGUCAGAGAUAUAAGAUCGAAAGAGAUCAGUAAAGUGCGGAACAUGUUGUAUACAAGGAACUUCAUGAUUGGUUUAGCACUUUCAUUACCUAAUAUCGCAUCGCUCGUGACCUUCUUGGCCAUGUAUAAGGUUAACCGUGGUGGCAGAUCUCCAGGAAAUAUCUUCGCUUCUCUUUCAUUGUUUCAAGUGCUGAGUCUGCAGAUGUUCUUUUUACCCAUAUCUAUUGCAACUGGUAUUGACAUGAUCCUUGGACUUGGUAGGUUACAAGAUUUGCUUGAGGCUCCCGAAGAACGGACUGACAAUGUUGAGAGCAUUCGUCCCACGUCUGAUAUGCCCAAAAAUGUAGUACUGAGAAUGACUGAUGCAUCUUUUGAAUGGGAAGACUUUGAGGUUAAUGACUUAGCAGAGGAGAAAAAGAAGCUACAGAAUAGCUCAGCCAAGAAAUCACGUAAGAAAAAUUCAAAAAGCGACGAAGAACCACAGUCAUCUAAAAUCGACAACAGUCAUCAAAGCGAGGCUAAGGAGAAGAAAUCAUUUCAUGGUUUUAACUGCUUGAAUUUCGAAAUAGAGAAAGGAGAAUUUAUCAUGGUGACAGGUCCCAUCGGGACUGGUAAGACAUCUUUAUUGAAUGCGAUGGCUGGCUUUAUGCGUAGGAUAUCUGGGAAUGUAGAGGUCAAUGGUGAUUUGCUUAUGUGCGGUUAUCCCUGGAUUCAGAACGCGACUGUGCGUGAUAAUAUACUGUUUGGCUCACCAUUUGACGAAAAACGCUUUAAAGAGGUCAUUCGUGUUUGUUCCUUGCAAGCAGAUAUUGAUAUGUUACCAGCAGGAGAUAUGACUGAAAUCGGUGAACGCGGUAUAACCUUGUCUGGAGGUCAGAAGGCGCGGAUAAACUUGGCUAGAAGUGUUUACAAACAGAAGGAUAUUUUCUUAUUCGAUGAUGUUUUGAGCGCUGUGGAUUCCCGGGUCGGAAAGCACAUUAUGGAUGAAUGCAUGCUAGGUCUACUUCAAAACAAAACCAGAAUUUUGGCCACUCACCAAUUAUCAUUAAUUGAGAAGGCUUCUCGUAUUAUUGUGCUGGGAGCCGACGGAUCAUUUGAGAUCGGAAAGUUGGAAGAUCUCAAACAAACAAAUCUCACUUUAAAGAACCUGCUCCAGUUUGCCGCCCAAAAGUCGGAAGCUGAGGAGACUGAUGAGGCGGAGCAAGAAGGUUUAGGCGAUGCAGAGACUGAGUUGAACAAAGAAAGAACGAAAGAUUGGUCCGAACUACAAAAGCAGCUCAGUAAGAGAUCUAAAGAAGUGGAAGUUAGUGGUCGUUUAACUUCUAAGGAGGAGCGGGCUGUCAAUAGCUUAAAAUUGAACGUCUACAAGAAAUACAUUGAGGCAGCUGUCGGGAAAUGGGGUUUCUUGGCCAUUCCAGGUUACUUGUUUUUAGUCGUCGCUACAACUUUCUGCUCCCUUUUCUCAUCUGUGUGGUUGUCUUACUGGACAGAACAGAAGUUCGCCAAUAGAUCAGCAAGUUUCUACAUGGGUUUAUACUCAUUUUUCGUCUUUGGCGGGUUUCUUUUCAUGACUGGCCAAUUCACAAUGCUUUGUUAUAUGGGGGUUCGAGCUUCUAAAAGAUUGAACUUGCAAGCAGUUGGCAGAAUUUUGCAUACAUCUAUGGCCUAUCUUGAUACUACACCGAUCGGUAGAAUUCUCAAUCGUUUCACCAAGGACACGGACAGCUUAGAUAACGAGUUGAUGGAAUCACUGCGUUUGUUCAUGACCCAAUUCGCGAAUAUUGUAGGGGUAUGUGUUCUGUGCAUUGUUUACCUGCCUUGGUUCGCUAUUGCGGUACCCUUUCUAGUGCUAUUCUUUGUUCUUAUUGCAAAUCACUAUCAGGCCACUGGUAGAGAGGUUAAGAGACUGGAAGCUGUGCAACGCUCUUUUGUUUACAAUAAUUUCAAUGAGGUGCUUGGGGGCAUGGAUACAAUAAAAGCUUACCGGAACCAAGAAAGGUUCCUUGUUAAAACUGACUUUUUGAUCAACAAAACGAAUGAAGCGGGAUACUUGGUGGUUGCCCUCCAGAGGUGGGUCGCUAUCUUUUUGGAUAUGGUCGCUAUAGCGUUUGCCCUGAUAAUUACUCUACUUUGUGUUACGCGACAAUUUCAUAUUUCAGCUGCAUCGACUGGUGUCUUGUUGACCUAUGUUUUACAGCUCCCAGGUCUUUUGAACACCAUCCUAAGAGCUUUUACUCAAACAGAGAAUGACAUGAACAGUGCGGAGAGGUUGGUCGCCUAUGCAACGGAUUUGCCGUUGGAGGCCGACUACAAGAUCCCUGAAAGUUCUCCUCCGGAAAAUUGGCCUUCUGAGGGCGAGAUUAUCUUCGAAGAAGUAUCUUUUGCGUACAGGCCUGGAUUGCCAGUUGUUUUGCAUAAUCUAAACUUGCAGAUCAAAAGAGGAGAAAAGAUAGGAAUAUGUGGACGCACAGGUGCUGGUAAAUCAACGAUCAUGAGUGCACUUUAUAGGAUCAAUGAGUUGGCAGAUGGUAGAAUCUUAAUUGACGGAAUCGAUAUUAGCAAGAUAGGUCUUUAUGAUCUACGACGCAAGCUUUCGAUCAUUCCCCAAGAUCCUGUGCUUUUCAGGGGCACGAUCAGAAAGAAUUUAGAUCCUUUCCAAGAAAGUUCUGAUGAUAAGCUUUGGGAGGCCUUGGUCAACGGAGGCAUAAUCACUGCGGCGGAACUGGAUGUCGUGCAGAAACAAAAACCCGACGAAAGCGGGUCGCUGUCAAAUUUGCACAAAUUCCAUUUGGAUCAGAAGGUGGAAGAAGAGGGAAGCAAUUUCUCGCUAGGGGAGAGACAAUUGCUUGCUUUGGCUAGAGCACUUGUUCGUCAAUCUAAGAUUUUAAUUUUGGAUGAAGCGACCUCAUCAGUUGAUUAUGAAACUGAUAACAAAAUUCAAUCGCGAAUCUCGGCAUCCUUCGGAAACUGUACCAUUCUUUGUAUCGCUCACCGUCUAAAGACCAUUUUGUCCUAUGACCGAAUCCUUGUACUUGACAAAGGUGAGAUUGCAGAGCUUGAUACGCCUAAAGCUCUUUAUGAAAGAACCGACGGCAUCUUCAGGGAAAUGUGUAACAGAUCUGGUUUAACCGAGGCCGAUUUUAAUUGA